AUGUCCAAGAUGUUGUUCACUGGGCCCUUCGUACGGCGGCGGUCAAACUUCCUUCGCUACGCCGUCUUAGCUUUCAUUCUCUUGGUAGCGUUUUGGAAAUUUCACCAACGCGCUGAAGACCUGGUUAGUUUUGAUCUGACCGUGAACCCCCCUCCUGGGGGAAGCAAGGGAACCACUGCUGAUGACGAUAAAACCGACAAGAGCCAGUCGACCGACUCAGAUUCAGUAAAACCACCUGUGAGGCCGGACAGCACCAGGCGACCGGAAGGGACUGUACCGACUGUUGACUCAGAGGGCCGUCACCCGAUAGACAAGCUUAUCUAUGAUGCUCAGCAUCAGUUUGCAGCAGUAGCUUCUGGCGAAUCAAAAACAUUGGAGCAGGCUGCCCAGGCUUAUCGCAAGGCUCGUGGAAGGCAUCCUCCUCCACAUUUUGACAAAUGGUUCGAAUACGCCCAGUCACACAAUGCUCUGAUUGUAGAAGCAUUCUUUGACCAGAUAUACGAAGACUUGGAACCAUUCUGGGGCAUCGACCCUGCACCGAUGCGCCGCGAGGCUAGCCAGUUUGAAAUGACUAUCAAUGUUCGUAAUGGCACAGCCACGGCUGGGUCCGAUUGGAUGUGGACUAGGAUCUGGCUCGACAUGGCCAAGACUAUCGAGGCUUUGCUUCCCGACAUGGACAUAGCUCUUAAUGCCAUGGAUGAACCUCGACUGGUUGCCCCAUGGGAGGAUAUCGACGCAUAUAUGAAGAAGGCCUCUCAUACACGAAAGCUUCCAAAAGCUGCCAAGACGGUGAACAAAUUUCACUCUUGGCCUGAACCAAAGACCGGCUUUCUAGCAGGUGACAUUGUUGAUAAGAAUUGGGAGAAGGAUGAAUUCUACUGGAAGAUUGUUCGGCGUGGCUGCCCCCCCAACAGUCUUGCGAGGACGACGGAGCUUCAGACCUCUUUCCAAGACCCCCCAACUAUUAGCAAUGCAUAUGCUAAACCUCAUUUUUACAAAGGCUACGUUUCCAACUAUACCAAGUCAAUCCAAGUGUGUCAUCAGCCUGAUUUGCAAGGCCUGGAGGGCCUUCUCAUCCGACCCUUGUCGACCAAAUCCACCAAGGUGAUGUUUCCCAUGUUUGGUGGUUCCAAGUUGACUGUCAACAAUGAGAUUCUCCUUCCAGCACCCAUGUACUACAACGGAGAAGAGCGUUUUGUCGGUAACGGUGACCACGGUGUUGAAUGGCCCGAGAAGACCGAUAAAGCCAUAUGGCGCGGUGUGGCGACUGGUGGGAGAAACACAGAGGACAAUUGGCGCGGCUUCCAACGUCAUCGGUUCGUUGCCAUGAACAAUGGCACCAAGGUCGCUCGUGUCGAGUCUGGUGAGGACAGGGCAGAGAACUUUGUUCUUCCGGAGAAGGAAUAUGGUGUGCAGGCUCGUGCAGACCAAAAUCUGGGACCUUGGGUUGACGAGUUCGCCGAUGUUGGGUUCAUCGACCUCAUGUGCAACACCCCUGAUCAAGGGAACUAUUGCAACUAUACCGACUUUUACUUCAAAGCCAUGGAUGGCAUCAAGCUGACCGAGCAGUUCAACUAUAAGUUCUUGCCUGACAUUGACGGCAACUCAUUUUCUGGCCGAUACCUAGGGUUUCUACGAUCUACUUCACUCCCCAUCAAGUCAACCAUCUUCCGUGAGUGGCAUGACUCUCGUCUGGUGCCAUGGAAGCACUUUGUUCCCAUGGACAACCGAUUUACAGACUACUACGGCAUCAUGGAAUUCUUCCGUGGAUACCAGGGUCGUAAUUCUCACGAUGAGGCUGCCAAAAGAAUUGCAAUGGAAGGCAAAGAGUGGGCAGAGCGGGUCCUUCGCAGGGAAGACAUGCAAAUAUAUAUGCUGCGACUGUUACUCGAAUAUGCUCGCGUUAUGGAUGACGACCGCGAGUCCAUGGGCUGGACAGAUGACGUCGCCAUGAACCCAUCACUGGCCAAGUCAUGGUCAUGGUGGUGGUAA